AUGCUCACCCAGCCCCUCAGGGCCAGUCGGAUGGGCGCCCCGAAGACCCCCGCUGCUGACUCAUGCAGCAGGAGCAGCAGCACCAGCGGCGGCGGCAGGAGGGGUAUUGGUCCAAACGGCAGUGAAACCCGUUAUUUGUUGGAAUACCUAUAUCCAGAGGAAUGCCCAGAAGCCGCAGCAGUAGCUGCUGCUGCGGCCGCAACAGAAGCCGCAAAACGAGGCGGCUUCACCAAGACGGAACCCUCGCCCAAUAUCUGUCGUGUGAGGACGCUUAAUCAGGCGUCAAUUUGGAGCACCAGCAGUACCAGAUACAGCAGCGUGGAAGCGGCUAAGUCAACAACAGAGGCGAGCAACAAUGCAGGUUCUUCACAGCACGUAGGGGAAGUAGCAGCAAGCGGUGAAGGCGCCAGUAACAGCAGCAGCAAAGACGGUAUCCAGCCAGCAGCAGUUCUCAGAAGGCACCAGAAGCAGCAAAAGCAGAUGCUGCUCUUCAGAGGGGGACGCUGCAACUGGAUAGAUGAAACGCCUGCAAAAUUCUUCCUGUCUUUUCCCCCAGACUCUCAACUCAGUGUCCAGCUACCUCAUGAUUGCUUGUCCGUUGUUGGAUCUGUCUUGCCUUUGCUUUUUCCGUCCGUGAGCAGUCUUACAAUGUCAGGCAAUUCAGCAGCAGCAGCAGCCGCAGCAGCAACGAAGGCAACGUCUGGGCCGCAGCAGCGGCUGCCGCAACAGCAGCAGGUUCCCAUUCGCCUCUUGCAGAGCAACAUCCGCGUGCUUCCAGGGGACGGCUCAUUGAGCAACAGCACUAACUGCGGUGAUACCUUGUGGAUAUCGGAGUGCAGCUGGUUGUUCCAGCAGCAACCCAGCAGCAGCGGGAGCAGGGAGAGCGACAACAGUUCUAUUCCUUUCUGGCAGUUGGUGAGAGGGUCAGUAAUACAGCACCAGCAUCAGCAGCUUCCCCCAGAAGUUGUUGACACCAUGCGCCUGCUGCUGCUACUGCCCCCCCAUAUGCAGCGGCAAAUUCCCAGGCUACUGCUACAGCUAGCUGUCUGCCUUCGGGCGCUGCUGCAGCAGUCAUCGGCUGUCGAAGCUGAGCUGCUGCUGCGGCAGCAACAGCACUCCAAACAGCAGCAGCAGCCCAGCAGAAGCACCAGCAGCAGCAACAGCAAGUGGCUUUGUGCCGCCAUGCUGAUGAACCGUGAAGAUCUCUUUCCUCACAACCCAUGGAAGCGACAGCAGCCGCAACAGGGGUUUACAUUGGGUUCAUUAGGCAUGCAGUUUUGUUGCUGCUUGCUGCCAGGGGGCACCAAGCGAGGCAAGGGUUGCGGCAGCAGCAGCUGCUGUUGCUCCUUCUGUUACCUUGACAACUGUCCAGUAGGCUAUGAAGCCGAAAGUGACACACAGGAGACACCUUGCAUAAGCACUGCAACUGCCGCUGCUAUUGCUGUGCAAGGCAAAUCGCCUGAAGUGAACGACAACACUGUGUCGGCCGCAGCGGCUGCAAAGGAAGCUGCUGCUGCUGCAAAAGCACGCGAGAGUAUGUCGGGCACAAGCGAAAGGGCUACAGACGAAGCGAGUAUCAUGAACGUGGAGGAACAAGGGGACGCUGUGGCGUCAACAGGGCAACCACCAGCAGUAAAUGCAUCUGUACUGCAGAGUGCUGAGGCUGGCGACAACGAGGAUGACUGGGAAUUAGACAAUGCGCUUGAAGAUGCUCUCAACAGUGUUGCUGCGGAUGCUGCAGCGGCAGAUGCAGCAGAAGCAGAUGCAGGAGCAGAAACAGCAGCAAAUGAUGUGGACGACGUUGCGUUCUUUGCAUUGCCAGACAGCCCUGAGCCCCCCGCACCUGCAGCAGCCCCCGCAGCAGCAACACCAGUAACACCAGCAACAGCGACUGAAGCAGAUUCUGCACAAAAAGAAGCCUAUGGCCACACAAAACGCCGCUCUGCAGGGCAGCUGCAGCAGCAGGGUCAGCCCUCUGUGCAACAUGCUGCUGGAGAUCUGGACCAGGAGUUUGAAUUCGAUGAUGCGGAUGUAGAUGAUCCCCACGCUUCUGGCGCUGCUGCUGGGCGCCAUCCAGAGCAGCAGCCGCAGCAACAUCUUCAGAGCAUGCGGUCGCAUCUGGGGACAUCUGGUGAAGGACCAGCCGCAGCACGAGAGGCCAUGCAGGCAGCAGCAUCGGGUGGUACGACGGUUUCCAGAGCCUCAUCAGGGGUCGCCGCAGCAGAUGAAGGAACAGAAGCAGGAACUGCAGUAGCAGCAGCAGCUAAUGCAGAAAGUGCAUUUGUGCAGAGCGUCCUGUGGGGCGAGCUGCCGGGCAGCAGCAGCUUCAUGUUUGCCCAAAGCUUUGCUGCGCUGGCGUGGAGAGAGAGUGAUACGGCAACAACUUCAAUGAUACCAGGUUUAUUGGCUGGUGAUGGAGAGGCAGGCCAGCAGGGAAAAGCGCAUGAACAAGAGAGGCGCCGAGAAAGAGCAGCAGCAGCAGCUGUUGCUGCUGCUGCCGUGCAUGCAGCAGAAGAAGCAGCAGCAAGCAGAAGAGAUUUGUUGACUGAGCUUGAGAGAAGCACCAGUGUUGCCGUUCACCACAGGACAGGGCUGCAGCACAUGCCCCAACACCAACAGCAACAGCAGCAGAUUUCGCUUCAGUUUGGGGAGACGCAGGCGCUGCUACAUAGACAGCAAAGCGUACGCUUUUUGUUGUUGCUGCUUGCCACUCCCCCAGUUUCCCGUAUUGGCGCGGCUGCCCCCCCCCUCAGUUUUUAUGCAGGAAGAGCACAACAACAGCAGGAGCCGCAGAGCCAGCUGCAACAGCUGCAGGUGGCUGAUGUGGCGCACUGGCGAGGGCGAAGCUCCGCACUGCAGGAUGAAAAAAGUAGCGACAGAACGAAAGAGCACGCCAUUUUCGACAGCAGCAGCAGUAUUGCUGCAAUUAGAAGCGACAGUAACAGCAGCAGGUUGGUAUUCCAGUGGGGAAGUGUUUGGGCAGCGAGGCGACAGCAGCAGCGGCUGCUACAGCGGCGACAGCGUCUACUGAGCUGUUUCUUUUUGGACCUUAAUGACAGCUCUGCGGCAAUGGCUGCAUCCAUGGAGUUGGGUGCGGAGGAGGGCGAGGAGCUGGCUGGCACUCCCCUGGGCGCUGCAGGAGGCGGAGCAGGCGUGUCGAAAGGUGUUGGGGCCUCUUCUGGUUUAGGCAGCGAUACAGCAGCUGGAGUUGCUACGGUAGCAGUAGCCGAAUCAGGAGGAGCAGCUGCAGGUCCUAGUCGGGCGCAACUACAAAAGAUGAGAAGGCGCGCUAAACAAGAAGUACUGAAAAUUGACAAACAGAGACGAAUUGAACUUGUCAAGCAGGGGAAAAGUGCUUAUGAGCUUAGGGCGCUCGCUGCUGCUGAAGAAUUGAGUCGUGAAUAUCGCAUGAGGACUCCUUUACAAGAAUUUUUGUUGACAGCAGCAGAGUUCGGUGGAGGCCGCCACGCAGAGCUGCUGCAGCAGCUCAAUGUCUCUUUCGAUCUGGAUUUUGAAAAGAGACAAAUUCACCAAAGGGAGCAGGGACAAACAGCGAGGGGAGGUGCUCCGUUGCUGCACGUGAAGGCUGCGCUGCAACUGUAUGGGGCGUCACCUGUGGCGGGCAGGCGGGCGCGAGUGGCGAUGCUGCGCUUCCACCGCCCAGAUCUGCGGUCAAGUUUUGCAAGUGCAAGUAAUAGGAAGAGAGGAGCAGCUGCAGCAGAGAGGCCUUGGGUUGUACUGCCGCCUUUAAGCAGUGAAGUGCUGCGUCGCUCCCCAGAAGGCUCCACCUAUAUUUCUGCGGAGGACUACGAGGGGGCACCGAGCAGCAGUGGUGGAGGACAUCCUGGAGGCGGCGGCGGCGGAGGCCCCCACCCCUCUUUCUGUUUUUAUGCUCCCAAAGAUUUAAGCCUAAGUGACGACUGUCCCUUUGUGCUGCUGGAGCACACAGAGCAGCAGCCGGUAAUUAUCAACAACCCAGGCAUGGCUCUUCGAAUCACACGCUAUGUUAGGCCGCUCCAGCAGCAACACCAGCAGCAGACUGCAGCCAGCAGUGCGAAUCCCAGCAACCAACAAGACAGGAUUAGAGCAGAGGAAGAGCGGUUGCAGGGCUCCAUGGGUACUUUUGGAGGUUUACGUCUGGUGGAGCAAAACGAAAAGGCGCCCAGUUUGUUUGGGAUAGACGUGCCCCUUGAACCCGGUGAAGGCCAAGCCGUAGUUGACUGCCCACUGUUCAGUGCCCUUGUCUUCCCUCACCCUCAACACCCCCAGCAGCCUCUGGGCCCUGAGGGUCGCUUCAACGACCCUCGCCGAGGAGACUUCCUGUUAAUUCGCAGGAAAGUUAAGGAGGGAUGGAAAUCAAAGAAGUUGUUGGACGAGAGGAAGCUGCAGUCAAAGGCGUGGGCACUGAGGUAUGUUAAUGAUACCGGGAUUACGGAAAUGAAGCGCGUGAAAGAAUGCAUCAAAGCCCGCUUCUGUCCCCCUGUGAUAGAAAAGGAGGUGGCGCAGUUACUGAAGCAGCUCAGCCCUAUUGCCCCUCACCGCCUGCCGAUGCUUCCUGAGGCGUCCAUUAUAUCUAUCAUAUCACCAGAGACAGUCUGCUCAUUAGAAACAGCCCAUGCGGCUUGGUAUAGACUCAGAGCAGUUGGGAUUGUAUCCCUCACCAGUCCCGAGGGGCUCAGCAGCGCAUGUGCCUAUGUCGAGGCAGAGGAGCGUCAGCAGCAGCAAGCAGCGUUGACCGCACGCAGGAGGCUCCGGCAGCUGCAACAACAGCAGCAGCAGCGUCGGGAGGCUCUCGGGAUUCUCAGUGACGGUGCUGCUGCUGCUGCUGCUGCCGAGCAGAAGCAAUUGCAGCAGCUGCUACUGCAGCUGAGCAACAGCUGCGCAGGCCGUCGAUAUUCUCCGUUAAUUCGAUUUAUUGAGGAGCUUCUUUUGUCGGUCCCUUGGCAGACCACCAAAGAAUGCAAAGAGGUGCUGCAGAACAAGGGCUCAGCUCAGUUCCUGCUAACGGGGUUUGGAGACCCCUCAUGCGGGCGGGGUGAGGGAGUUGCGCUGCUGAAGCGUGGAAGCAGGAGUCGCAGCAGCAACAGCAGCAACCCACUUGCAGUGCAGCAGCAGCUUAGGAGGCAUGCAGCGGGAGGCAUUGCAGGUACAGUUGAUGACUUGCGCAAGCUCGGCAUGAUGGAACUUAGAGCGAGGCUACUGCAGUACGGGCUAAGUGAUGCGGUCAUCAGGACCUUGCCCAGGUGGGACCAAGUAGCCCUUGUGCGUCAGUACAGAGAUGGAUUUGGGGCUGAAGAUGGGGGCAGCAAGGGUCGCGGCGCUGGUGUUCGACUACCUGCAGAAGAGUACGAAGCAAAGCUCAGCAGCAUAUUAAGAAAGCAGCAGGCGGCGUUAAGAGCGGAUGAGCCCAAUGUGACAGACACAGACGAUGACAUGCAGCCAGUCACACCCCAGCAGCAGCCGCAGCAGCAAGUGAAUGCAGGCACAGUGGAAGCGGCAGCAGUGGGGACAGGAGCUGCAGCAGGGAGUGCAGCAGCAGCGGCAGCAGCCGGGCAGAAGCACGGCACAGCAGGGGAGGAUGUUGCAGACGCUCUUUUUGCUGGCUGUGAGGAAUCUGACCAUGAGCAAGCAGAUGAGACAGAACUUGAAAUGAGAGAACUUCAGGUCCUGAGAGACCGCCAGGAGGCCCGCAGCCAGCGGCCAAUGACAGAGGAGGAGCAACUGCGGGCUGAAGCAACAGUGCGGGCCGUCCCCUGCCUCCGAUGGACUCGAAAGAGGAGGCAGCAAGUAGGGGACACCUUUGCUGCAGAUAGGUGCAUAUUGAUUUAUGGUGCUGAAAAUAUUAAGGCCUUCUUAGCAUGGAGAGACCAGAGACUGGCCAAAAAACGACAGCGCCAAAUGAGUGCCGUCCACUCAAAGGAGGCCCUUGCAGGCAAGCGAAUCUGCAGAGCUUGUGGACGGCCAGGACACAUCGCCUCAAACGUGAAUUGUCCGUUAUACCGUGGCCCCAAACGUUUGGGAUCAACGUUGGGCGAGAUGGUUGGAAAGCGAAAGAAGAGGCGGACAGCAGACAGCGACAUAGAUUUGAGUGUUGCAGCAGAGCUGGGCAUGGAAGGCUCGCUGUGCAGCAGCAGCACAAGGCGAGGACGCGGUGCUGCUGCUGCUGCCUCUGCUGUUGCUGGAGGUGCUGGCGCUUACAGUAGUGACAGCAGCGAAGGGGAAGGUGAGGAAGAAGAGGGCUUCGCUGCUUCUGGAGGAGCAGCAGCAGAUGGGGAUUCUUUUGACAGUGCAGAUGGCGAUGAACUUUACUCUGACAAUGAUUUGGAGCUGAACAGACAUCCGAAGAGCGCGCUGUCAAGGUCUAGCCGGUCUCUCAGCGGUCGCAGGAGAGGCAACAGCAGGAGACAAGCAGCGGCAGAGAGAGCAGCUGCAGCAGCGGCGGCACAGCACCCUAUUGAUGCUCUCAAUGUCUCAUUUGCAAGGGUCGUGAAUCUGUUGCUGCAGCAGCAAACGUUCAAGCCUUUUGUUAGUCGCGUGGACGACCGUGUGGCGCCUGGCUACUCCACAGUGGUAAAACGACCGAUGUUCUUACGUCGGAUCUUGAGUAAAUGCAGAGAGCGUCAGUACCAUUCCCUGUCAUCAUUUAAGGAGGACAUAGACUUGAUCGUUUCUAAUUGCUUCCUCUUCAAUCCGCCAGGCUCCCCUUCCGCAUGGCUUAGAGACAGAGCCUUGCAACUGCAGCAGCUAGCUAUGCAGCGCCUAGCGGACCAACCGGAAAUUGCAGAGUACGAAGCAGCAAUUGCGCAGAGCUCCUACCCUGUGCUGCAGCAGCAACAGCCGCAGUAUCAGCAGUACCCAUACCAGCGGCGACAGCAGUACCAGCAGCAGCAGUACCAGCAGCAGCAGCUUCAAGGGUUUGGAAUGGACGAAGAAUGA